GGGCGAGCACAUUUCUCGAUCCAUAGCUAAUUUAUUUAGAACGCAAUUUCAUUCUGGGAAAAACCGUUUAGUGAAUUUUUCAGAAUGGUCGAUUCUGUUGAGUGGAACUGAAAUUAUGGAGUGGUCAAAUGGGUCAAAUGGUGGUGAGAUUAUGAAGCUGCAGGGGAUCAGCAAGGUAUCUCCGGCGUUCUACGAACCUCCCCAAAGGAAGACCAGCGCUGAGAUCAUCAAUGAAGCAAGAGUCGCUAUAAGAGAAUCUCAAAUGACUGAUAAAAAUUUUGCGCCCCCGUCCAUCAAGCCUCUACAAACUCAAAGACCUUUCACACCAAGAGAUAAGGAACGAUUGCUGUUUGGAAAUAAAGUAACAUCAAAUCGUCCACCGAGUUCCUUCAGCCUUCGUUAUCUACAAAAUGAGACAGACCUCCCCACAACCCCACCCGACAGUACUAAUCUACUUACCCCAAACCUGAUCACAUCCAGAACGCUGAUCCCGCCCCCAAGGAAUCACCAGAACAAGUUUCAUCAUCAGAGGUCGAAUUCUGUAUCAGAAAUCAACGACCAGAUAUUUAACAUCGCCGUUAAAGAUCAGCUACAUAAAAUAAAGUUGCCGUCAUUGGAUACGUGCAGGCCGCUUCAGAAGAGGAAGGUUUUUAAGAAUACGUCACUGGACAACCUUCCAGAAGAAAACGAGUCCGAUGGCCAAAAGGGAGAAGGAAGAAAAGCGUUCAGUUCACCCCAAGAACGUACUGAGUUUAACGAUCCGGACAAUCCAUUUGGAAAGGCAUCGUUGCAACGUAAGAACCUAUCGCAGUGUCUCCUACUCGGACCGCAGAAUCUGGAAAAAAUCUUCGACAACAAGCAUAUUAUCGAAAAUUCUCAAACCCUGUUUCUCAACACGGGAUAUUUUACAAGUCAAUUACACAACAGCAAUGACUUGAAGGUGAACGAUAAAAAAGAGCGAACAUUUGAAGACGUCCUCUUAGAACUGAAUUCAGAAAGUGAGAAAAAAUGUGGCGAAGACAGAAUCGUGAAGUUAUUAGGAGAGUUAUAUGACUGCAUGGAAAAGGAAAAUAUGAUCAACCAAAAAGUGGCUUCUAAUUUAAAAAUAAGAAUACUUAAAUGUCUCUACAGGUUUGUGGAAUCACAAAAUGAACAGAUUUUGAUUUGUAUAGCAAAGAUUAUUUUGUCAAUAAAAGUAACCGGAAAUAAUCUGAGUGGUGUAUGCAAAUUGAUUUUUAAAGUGGCUAAAAUUGACAAAAAUGAUUAUUUGUUCUUCCAGAAAAAUCUAUUAGAAUUGUUUCUUGAUGCUCUUGGAAGAUCAAGUCCUUUGGAUGAUGCGGAAGCGUGCGUUUAUGGAUAUGGAGCUGUAAAAUUUUUGACAAUGAACCAAAAACUAUUAGAAAAGAUUUUGAACUUAGGUAUUCUACAAUUGAUGGUAUUACACAUGAAAAUUAUCAACGUGGCGAAAACAGAAAAAAGUAUCAUGCCGGACCAAACGAACCAUGCACUAUAUCAGCUAACUGGAGCGUUAAGAAACUUAGUUUCAGAAGAAAACAUAUACGAAUCCUUCGUGGAAUGCGGAACAAUACCUCAACUUUGCCAGACGCUAGAAAUAUUCUCUUCGGACUUGGAUAUAGUAGCCAACAUAUCAAGAACUUUAAGUAUAAUAUCCACGAACGAAUGUUGCUGUGAUGCUAUAAUCGAAUAUAAAAAUAUAUACAAACUUUUAAUAAAUCUUUUCGAAAAAUAUCCCGGAAAUGAAGAAAUCAUAGUACGCCUGACUUAUACACUGGGAAAUAUUGUUUCUAAAAUAGAUAACACUCGUGUGCAGUAUUUCUACGAAGAAAAUUCCAUAGAAAGCUUGAUCACUUUGUGGAAAAUUUAUUUGGAACGUACACUGAAAAAUUGUUCCUUGAAACUAGAGGCUAGUGACGGAUUAAGCAGUAACAGCGAAGAUGUCAUGAUAAAGAUUAUCAGAGUAGUGGCUAAUAUGGUGAUCAAUCCAGAAAUUGGCAAACGCCUUAAUGAGAAAUAUGGAAAUACGUUAAUCGAAGAAAUACUGAAGGUUCUUAUCAGCAACCCUUUCAAGAAGAACGAAGAACUCGUGCUUUCAAUAUUAAGUACUCUGAAUAAUCUAUCUUAUUAUUACACUAGCGAUGUGGAAGUUGAUAUCUUUCAUGUCAAACAAGUUAAUAUAGUUGAAGGUAUAACGGAGUAUGCAAAAUCAGAAAAUAAAGAAUGCGUUAUAGAAACGAUGAGAAUUCUGGGUAAUUUAUCCCGAUCAAAAGUAACCCGGAACUACAUAUGUGAAACGAAUGUUUUUGAGAUUCUCAUAGAUUUAUUAGAAACCGUUGACCACUCACAGCUUAAGACAACUGUAGGAGUUUUUGUGAAUCUUAUGUCGGACAACCGUUCCCGAAUUCUCUUCAAGAACAACGGAGGCGUCUCAAAAAUAAUCAAAAUAUUGACAACGGAGUGUGACCACGACUGGUCUCUGGGAAACCUUGUUUGCCAAGUCCUUUGGAAUUAUUGCAUUGAUACGAUUGACUUACACGAACUAUUUUCGGAGUCAGAAAUACACAAAUUACUCGUUCUGUUGGCAGAUUAUUUAGACGAGGAAAAAAUAUUUGGCAUUGAAGAGCACAUGGAAGACAUGGACGUUUAUGUAACACAAGAAUAUCUCAUUUGGGAGGAAUUUGCUAACGUGGCUACAAAUCUGUUGGAAAAGAUUGAAUAUUUUUUGGACACAUUCGACCAAAUAACAAUCGAUGACAAACCUACUGAGAAUAAUCUAAAAACUAAGGAUUCCAGCACCAAUAUUAGUUUAUCGGCUUGGUAAAAAAUUGUACCUGAAUGAAAGUCUUAGAAGGCGUUUUGGUCAAAUGUAUAGAUAUAUACAGUGAAUUUUAUAUAUGGAACACCUCAAUUAUCUCGGAAACGGCUUGCACUAUUUUUAAAGCUUUCGGUUUCAGUGAGUAAGGGUCUUGUGAAAAGGCUGACAUUAUGGUUUUAUUUACAUAGUUGUCAGCUUCUCCGUUUUUCUGGAAAUCUAAUAAACUUUCUUAUUUCAAGUGGAACACCCUAUAUAUUUUUUGCGUUUUGAAGCACUUAAGAAAUAAUGAUUAUUUUCUAUGUUCCCUUUAUCUAAAUGUCAUAAUUUCUGUGUUAUUGCUACAUUUAUUUAAACAUUUUUUUUAAGAAAUUAUUAUAAAAAUCGAUUUUUUCUGCCUAAGCAGAUAUUAUUUUAGAUUUUUUUGGAUCAUUCGGAACAAAAAAGGUCUCUCGUAAUUUUUCUCUACAGUUGAUCGUUUUUGAAUUAUAAAUAAAAUAAAACGGAAAAAGAAAACGAAAAAUGACGAUUUUCAAGACUCAAAAACACAAGUAAAAAAUAUUAUUUUUGAAAUUACGAAGUGCCUAAGUUCAAGUUCAAACCUUCUUCUAUCAGCGCCCAAUAAGAAUUUUUAGCACAUUUUAUUCUAAAAUAUUGUUUUCUAAUUGUCAAUGAAGCGCUUAUGAGAGGAGGGAGAUCGGGCUGCAUUAACAACUAAAAAACAAUGUUUUAAAAUGAAACAAGCCCAAAAUAUUUAUCAAGAACUGAUAGAAUAAGGUUUGAACUUGAAUUCAGGCACUUCGUAAUUUCAAAUAUAAUAUUUUAUACCUUGAAAAUCGUCAUUUUUUGUUUAUUUUUUUAGUUUUAAAUUGUUUAUACAUAACUCGAAAACGAUUAACUUUAGAGAAAAAUUACAAAAGACCAUUUUUGUUCCGAAUGAUCCAAGAAGUCUAAAAUAAUAUCUACCCGGGCCGAAAAAUUGAUUUUUAUAAUUUAUUUUAAAAACAUUGUUUAAAUAAAUGUAGAAUAACUUUAAAAUUAUGGCAUUCAGAUAUAGAGAACUUUUCUUCUUUUGGUGCCUAUUCGUUUCGAAUAUUGGCGAUCAUUCUGGCUAUAAUUAUUUUAUUAACUGAUGCUUUAAAUAUUUAGUUGUUGUUGUGGAGAACCAUUUCCUCAGAUUCUUUAACCAUGAUAUUCUUUUUCUCCCAAUUUCCUCGCUUUGUGAAUACUUGCCUUGAAGGAUUACCUUCAGUAAUCUGUAUUUAUUGCUGUUUCUCAUUAUGUGUCCGAGAUAUUAUUUCUCCUUUUAAUGGUAUACAUCACCUCUCUUUCUUUCCCCAUUCUUCGUAAUACUGUCUCGUUGGUUAUUUUGUCUGUCCAUGAUAUCCUUAGGAUUCGCCUGUAUAGCCUCAUCUCGAAGGCUUCAAGUUUUUUCUCCAUCGCUUCGUAUAGAGAACAAUACAUGAACAAUAAUGAGUAUUUCUUAAGGACUUCAAAACGCAAAAAAUAUAGGGUAGGUGGGGGCAAAAGUACACACGGGGCAAAGGUACGCACUUACAUUUUUCAGUAACUUCUAAUAUGUUGGCGACAUUUUGUGGCAUAUAAGAAGUGACAAAUCUUCAAAGUGAAUAUCAAGUUGAGCUUGACAUUCUAUCAGCUAAUUUUGUCUCAAUUGCAAAAUGUCUCAAAUCUGCAAAAGUAAGGACAUGCACAAAAAUAAUAUUGAAGAAUUUCCAUUUGCCUAAUAUGAUUACAAAAUGUAUCAAUUUCACUUUCAUCUAUACUCUGUGCCAAUUCAAGCAUUAGGGGAUUCACCAGACAUGAAAAUUUAGAAAAUGCGUACCUUUGCCCCCACUUACCCUACAGGGUGUUCCAUUUAAAAUAAAAAAGUUAAUUAGAUUUCCAGAAAAAAUUAAGAUCUGGCAUCCAUGUAAAUUUCACCAUAACAUCUACCGCAUCACAAGACCCUUACUCACUUAAACCUAUAAAAAUCGUGCAAGCCAAAACCUAUAGAAAUCGUGCUCGUGCAUUUCUGAGGUAACUGAGGCGUUCCAUAUAUAAAACUCGCUCUGUAUAAAAAAAAAACGUUGCAAAAAAUCGUUACAGUUAAAUUAGAGUUUGCGUAUUUAGUCCCUAAUAUUUUACAUAUGGAUGAAAUAUAAGUGUCUAAAAUAAUUGAAAAAAAAGCCUUUUAAGAUCUUCACUCUAAAAAAAUUAUUUUAAAAAUUUUGGGACUAAAAUUCCUUUAGAAUUGAUAAUACUUUUAAGUGUUGUUAUUGUAAUAAACAAUUUAAUGAGAUUUUAAUUUGUAUAGUUAGUAUCAGAUAAUACAUCAAAAUUUUGAGAUAAUAAAAUGGCCUUUUUUCCUUGUAUUUUUAGAUUUAAAAAAAAAGAUUAAUUUUGUAUUAUACAUCUAUUAUGCAAUAAUAAGUAGGUACAUAUAUGUAAAUAUAUCUGAAGGUUUUUAUGUCCCGAAGUUUACACUUAUUAGCAAAAAUGAUAUUACAUUUUCGUUACGUUUCUUUAUAUUUUAUUAGAAUUCUAUUUAUAUAAAAAUAUUUAUAUUCUACUAUUCAAAUAAAAUUUCAACUGUA